AUGCGCCUCUCGCGUCCAUUGGCAGCCCUCUUCAUCACUUUCAGCAUACCAGCAGCCUACGCAUGGGGAGCAGCAGGACACGAAAUAAUAGCCACCAUAGCCCAAAUGUACCUACACCCCUCCAUCCUCCCCACCAUCUGCGACAUCCUCAAUUUCUCAGAAGACGAAACCCAACCGGAACAACCAUGCCACCUCGCCCCCAUAUCCACCUGGGCCGACAAACUCCGGUUCAAAAUGCGCUGGUCCGCCGCACUGCACUACGUCGGCUCCCUAGACGACCACCCCUCCCAAACGUGCUUGUUCCCCGGCGAACGCGGGUGGGCGGGCACCCGAGGCGGAAACGUGUUGGACGCUAUCAAGAACGUGACGGGUCUCUUGGAAGAUUGGACGAGGGGAGAGGCGGGUGACGCGACGGCGAAUGAGGCGUUGAAGUUUUUGGUCCAUUUUAUGGGGGACUUGCAUAUGCCUUUACACCUUACUGGACGGGAUCGCGGUGGGAAUUCGGAUAGGGUUCUUUGGAGUGGUCGACAAACCAACCUCCACUCUUUAUGGGACGGCCUCCUCAUCGCCAAAGCCAUCCGUACAGUCCCGCGGAACUACUCCAGACCGCUGCCCUACCCGGACGUAGAGCACGCACUCCGCGGAACGAUCUACGAUUCGUACAUCCGGCGUAUCAUGUGGGAGGGCGUAUUUCAGAAAUGGAAGGACGAUGUACCAGAGUGGUUCUCUUGCCCUGAGACGACUCCUCCCCCUCCUGCUCGAGGAUGGCAACAAGUCGUGAUGAGCUUGAAACGCCUAGCUGGAAAGCAAGGCGUAGAGAUUGGGCCGGACACGGAUGUGCUUUGUCCUUAUCACUGGGCUAAACCUAUCCACGCGCUCAAUUGCGACAUCGUUUGGCCGAAAGAGUUGGACGAGCCGCCUUACGGUGGCGGUGGGAGUAAAUUCGCGGACGAGGAUGUCGCCGGUCGUCCACCGAAACCCCAUCCUCCCCUUCUAGAACUCGACACGCCAAAGUAUGCUGGCGUUAUUGAGGAUACGAUGGUCGUGGAGAAACUGCUUGCGCAGGGCGGUAUACGGCUUGCUGGGAUUCUCAACUACCUUUUCUUAGAAGAAGCAGCGCGAUCUUAA